CCGAGGCCGGGGGCCCUGGGGGCGUGAGGGGGAGGCCGGGGCCUCGGGGAGAGACUCGGAUCGCGCGGCGACCCCGACGACGGCGCCGCCGCUCCAGGGCUGUGGCCUCGGGCCCGGCCCCGCAGGGCCGCGUCGCAUCGGGUCGGCAGGGCCCCGCGCGUUCGUGCAGGCCGUUCGGGGCCCCGUCCCGGACCCCAGCUUCUCCCGGAGAGACGCCACCUUGAGGGGCUGGGCGUCAGGGCGCCGGGACCCGCUCUGCAGGCCUGCCGUCGCCGGCUCUGCGACCUUGGGCGGGGCCUCGGUUCCGACGUCUGACGCUGAGUGCUUGAGCUUGCCGAGGAACUAGGAGGCCCGCUGGAGAUCUCUUCCAGGGCGCAGGGCUGAGAUGGACCCCCUCAGGGCCCAGCAGCUGGCCGCAGAGCUGGAGGUAGAGAUGAUGGCCGACAUGUACAACAGAAUGACCAGCGCCUGCCACCGGAAGUGCGUGCCUCCCCACUACAAGGAGGCAGAGCUGUCCAAGGGCGAGUCCGUGUGCCUGGACCGCUGUGUCUCCAAGUACCUGGACAUCCACGAGCGGAUGGGCAAGAAGCUGACAGAGCUGUCUAUGCAGGAUGAGGAGCUGAUGAAGAGGGCGCAGCAGAGCUCUGGGCCUGUGUGAGGCGCGGCGGCACACCCUGAGGCGCACCCCGCCCUCCACCCGUUUACUGAAAGUGCCCCACGUUGGGCAUCUGUGAAGACUGCCCGGCCUGGACUCCUUCUGGAGUCUCCAGGAGCUGGAGUAUGAUGGAGCCCUUUCCCAGGCGGGCCCUGUGACUGUGUGUGUAUGUAUAUAUUAUAUAUUAAAGCAAAUUUGUUGACA